AAGUGCUCAAUGAAUAAUCAUCAAGCGCGGCCUUAACGGGUUAAAAUCCAAAUUGCGGAAACUUAAAAUUGCACCUUUAGAAAGUAAAAAAAAAACACUUUCUUUACACAAACCCUCAUUCCUUGUCAGGAAAUGAAGCACUGCCAAAACCCUUCAUUUUGUGAGCUUGAAUGGUUCCUCCGAUGAACACAGCCAAUCUCUCAUCAAAGCUCUGUUCUUUAUCAAAAAUUUAUACUUGAAAAAUCAUGAAUUCGAGUUCAAAGAAGCAUGAAAUUUGUGAUAAACAAGGCAAUUGCAUAGAUAGGUUAAGUGAAUUGCCAGAUGAAAUACUUAUCCACAUUCUAUCACUUUUGCCAAUUAAAGAUGCUGUUAGAACUGUCUUACUUCGCCGAUUUGGUAAACUCUGGACAUUGCUUCGUACUAUUGAAUAUGAUUUCAGACAGGACGCUAUUGAAUAUGAUUUCGGACGCGCCGAUUGGUUUAUUGAAUAUGAUUUCGGGCAGGACGGUCUGUUUAUCAACAAGGUGAUGAAGUACCUCAAAAGUCCCAUAAUUGAUAAGGUUGUGAUUAGGGAGAAAUCUGGACCAUUAAAAGAAGAGUUGAUGAAGUUGAUUACUUUUGGUUUGAAAAAAAAGACCAAGGUAUUGGGUAUUCAUUUUGAUGACUUUAGUUUUGAGGUCCCUCGUGUUGUUUGGAGAAAUCAAUUCAUUGUUUCACUUCAUCUUACUAAAGUGUGCCUCGGGUUCACUCGUUGUACUCGGAUUCAUAUGGGAUCACUCAAGAAAUUGGAACUUAAUUGUUUGUGUGAGAGUAAUGAGAGGAUCAAAACUCUGUUAGCUGGAUUCCCUUGUUUACAAGAGUUGGUUAUUAAGUAUCCUAAAAUGUUACAAGCCCUGCAUUUUGGUGCUCCGAGUAUUGAGAAGUUGGAGCUUGAUCUUUGCUUGAAUAUGAGAAAGCCGACUUGCGUGAAUAGUAUAUUUUACCACGAACGAUUCUCACUUGAUUGCCCUAACUUGAAGCUAUUGCACAUCAAUGAAGUAUGUUUGGAAACUCUGGAUUUGAUUGAUGUUUCAUCUGUUCGUGAAGCCAAAAUCACUGAGUGCUGCAUGUCUCGCGACAAUGUUGAUUAUUUUGAAAUAUUGAUCGAGAAGUUUCGAAAUGCUAAGAUUUUCCAACUGGGAGAUAAAGCUUAUUUGCAACUGGAAAAAUGUGGUAGUGAGAAACUAGCUUUUCGAGAAAAUCGAUGGACUCAUUUAGCUUUGAGGUCUGUGAUCCACGGAAGCUGUCUGCUAGGCAUUUGUAGAUUGCUGAGAAACUCACGGCGCUUGAAGGAACUUAUUAUAUAUGCGGAUGUGGAUUUUUUCUGUGACUGUGAUCUGCUUCUGGAUGAGCUUUCUUCUUCAAGUGUGAUGCGGCGACUCAAAAUUGUCACAAUUCGUGAAUAUGAGAAACCUUGUCAAGGUCUACUUCAGCUGAUAAAAUUUGUGCUCAAAAGUGCAGUUGUCUUGGACAAAUUAGUUAUUGUCUGCAACAAGAAGGAUGAACUUUAUUCAACAGAAGAAAACGAUUUCAUUUUGCAGUUAUCAGGCUUUCCAAGGGCCUCUCGGAAGGCAAAUGUUGUCUUUGCUUGAGAAAUAUACUAAUGGUAAUGCUUGGUAACACAUAUAUAGCUAGGUGCAUCAUGCAUGUUUAUAAGUAGAUGAUAUCUUUUGUUUAGGAGAUAGGACCGCUGGUGCAAAAUUCAAUGUUGUUGCUACUGGUAGUGGCCUGGUGUUAAAAUCAGAGAUUCCCAGGAAAGUUGUUCAGUUCUAGUGCUUUUGGUUCGUUUGGUGUAUCGUGUAUGUAAUAUUAAGCAGCACGUGUUGCUCUCCGAUAUUGUAGCAACCCGUUUGGUAGGCAGUGAAAGCAAUGAGUUUUAUGUAAUUUUGCAAGUAAUAACAAUGUUGAAUGAAUAUCCAUGUUAUGCGCGUUUCUGCAUA